UUUUCGAAAAAAAAACUUAAUUUAAUUGCCCAAAAAAAACUUUAAAAUCAUGAGCUUCAUCGAAAUUAAUGGAUUCAAUAUUUGCUAUGAAAAAUUUGGCCAUGGUCCUAAUGCCGUUCUAAUCAUUCCCGGUGCAAUCGGUAGAGCUAGCUGUGAUUUUGAUCUUCAAUUUGAUAUUGAUCAUCCAGCCUGUUUUGAUUUUGAUCGUUUUACAUUCAUUUGUGUGGAAUUAAUUGGCUGGGGUCGUUCUUGUCCACCGGAACGUCCAUAUGGACCAACAUUACUACACGAUGAUGCUGAUCGAUGUGAUCAAAUGAUGACGAAACUUGGUUACAAUCAAUAUUCGAUUUUUGGCUGGUGUGAAGGUACCAAAGUGGCGGUGAUUAUGGCUCAAAAAUUCAUUGACAGAGUACAGAAUCUUAUUCUACAAGCACCAUAUAUUUAUCAUGAUGAUAAAAUGACCGAAAAACUUAGACUGAUGCGUGAUUUUUCCAAUUGGGAUGCAAGGCUACGUAGACAAUAUAAAAUUAUUUAUAAUAAUAAUGUUGAUCGUGCUGAAAAUCUUUGGCAAACUUAUGUUGAUUUUAUGAUUGAAAAAUAUAAUGAUAUCUAUCCAAAUGGUUUGCUUGGUUCAAAAUCGGAUGGUUUGUGCAAUAUCCAUUGUCCAACAUUGAUUUUUAUUGGUGAUCGAGAUUUUUUCUUUACCGUUGAACAAUGUGAAAAUUUAGCCAGUGAAUUUGGUGAUGGAAAGUUGAUUGUUUAUGAAAAUUGUGGCCACUUUCUGCAAAGACGUGAAGCGAUAAAAUUUAAAAAAAAUUUGGAAAAUUUUUUUGCUAAAUAAAAACUAAUAGAUUUAUUGAAAAAUUGUUGUU